AUGGAGAGCAACGUGGCUUCGCAAAAAGACGAUAACGCCGGAGUGGAGCAGGUCAAGCAUCCGGAGGAGGAGGGCGUCAACAGCAGGGCGACAAGCGAAACUACAUCGAAUGGGAUCUCCCGGGAAGGACACGAGAGCGCUGAGCACCGCGGCUCUUCGCAGCUGAAGAUGCGCGUGGCAGGAAGCCGUCCAAGUACAACAAACAGCGCUCGCGCUCCUCCAAUGCCGCCAAGGCCGCCGGUGACGCCACCUCAGACGUUAAGAGACGCUACAACUGUAAGCACUGCCGUUUAUUCGUUGCCUGUAAUGAUUCCGAGCCUCCCGCCGCCCUCGUCCUCGCCGUUGAUGUGCGCGAUGCCCUUUUUCAGCUGCUCAGCGGGCUAA